UUGCACGCCGUCCGGUCUGUGGUCGCUCCUCCGAGCGUUUCUCCAUGAGGAGGGGCUUUCUCUGUUUUGGAAGCGGACUGAUGACUACGGAAUAUAACACUGCUACAAUACAUUUAAAUAUCUUUAUUUGAGGAAUGCAUUACAUGGAAAAUAGUUUGUUUCCAUUUGCUGCAAGAAUAUUAUGAAAUGCAAUUUUCUCCCAGUGGUUUUGGAGAGAAAAAACUGAUGAAAUGGCACGUUCACUGAUUCGCAUGGGUCUCGCUGUGGGUGUGUUUGGGAUUCUGAUGCCCAGUCUUCAUAAGGGACAAGCUGAGCCUUAUUUGGGGGAAGAGAAGAGGUCUUGUCAAGGUGCUUUCGACUUGUAUUUUGUCCUCGACAAAUCAGGAAGUGUCAAAUAUCACUGGAUUGAAAUUUACUCCUUUGUGGAGCAUCUCGCAGAGAAAUUUAUAAGCCCAAUGUUACGGAUGUCCUUCAUUGUCUUCUCUACUCGUGGAACCACGAUUAUGAGACUCACUGAGAAUAGGGAUGAUAUUACCAAAGGCCUAAAUAUAUUGAGGAGAGAAAAACCAGGGGGUGAUACAUAUAUGAAUCUUGGUUUGGAAAAGGCAAAUGAGCAAAUAUAUCACGGAAAUUAUGGGACAGCCAGUGUUAUCAUAGCACUGACGGACGGGGAACUAAAUGACUAUCAGUUUGUCACAGCACAGCAACAGGCACAGAGGGCUCGGUCUAUGGGAGCCAUCGUAUACUGUGUAGGUGUUAAAGACUUCAACCAGACACAGCUGGCCACAAUUGCAGAUACCAUUGAGCAUGUAUUCCCUGUAACUGGAGGAUUCCAGGCCCUGGAAGGAAUGAUAGGCUCAAUCAUCAAGAAAUCCUGCAUUGAGAUUUUAGCAGCUGAACCAUCCAGUGUAUGCGCUGGUGAUUCUUUCCAAGUGGUUGUGAGGGGGAAUGGAUUUUUGCAUGCUAGAGACAUCAACCAGGUUCUGUGCAGCUUCAGAGUCAAUGACACAGUAACACUGACUCACCUGAUAGAGUGUUGGACUUGGGAUUCGGAAGACUGUGGUUCAAGACCAACCAAGCACAAGCUGAUAUAUGAAAGGCCUGUCAGUGUUGAAGAUACACUCCUCCUUUGCCCUGCACCAAUCAUAAAUGAGGCUGGAAAGGUGAUAUACCUGCAGGUUAGCAUGAAUGAGGGUUUGUCCUACAUCACAAGCUCAGUGCACAUCACCACCACUGAAUGUCAGUUUGAUGGAACCAUCCUGCUCAUCUCAUUACUGGUUGUUUUCCUGUUGUUGGGUCUGGUGCUGAUGUGGUGGUUCUGGCCCCUGUGCUGUACAGUGGUCAUCAUGGAACCGCCACCACCCCCUCCCCCUGAACCUGAGUCUGAUGAUGAAGAUGGCAUGCCCAAGAAGAAGUGGCCCACAGUAGAUGCAUCCUACUAUGGAGGAAGAGGAGUCGGUGGAAUCAAACGGAUGGAGGUGCGCUGGGGCAACAGGGGUUCCACUGAGGAAGGAGCCAAACUGGAGAAGCCAAAGAAUGCUGUAGUGAAAAUGCCUGAACAGGAGUAUGAGCCCUAUGAACCCAAACCCAGAAAGCCUGGUGGGGGCAAAGCUGCCCACCAUAGAAAGUGGUACAGUCCUAUUCAGGGGAAACUGGAUGCUUUGUGGGCCCUUUUCCGUCGAGGAUACAACCAGGUGUCACUCAUGAGACCUCAGCCUGGAGAUCAGGGACGAUGCAUCAACUUUACCCGGGUGAAAGCAGAUGAGCCAAGGUCACCGCCAUGUAACCACCUACCACCUCCUCCGCCCCCUCCAGAUCAUCGGCCACUAAUGCAGCCGACCAUAUCUCCUCCACCCAAAAGACCACCAUCCCAGGGACCCUCCAUCAGCCGCUCACCCCCAGGACCUCCACCACCCAGAGCACCCCAAGGCCCCCAUGGACCCCCUCCUUCACGACCCCCACCCUGCCCUGGGAACAGGCAUUGAGAACAAUGGAGGGCCGUUACAACAAUCCUAAAAUCUCUACCUUUAAUACCAGUUUGUGAUAUUUGGUAAAGCCACUGGUUUCCCAGUUUCAGAUAUGUUGAACAGGUUUGUUGUUAUGUGGCAAAAAAGAGAGAAAAGAGUGAUGGAUAUUAAUUCAUUUUCCAAAUAUGCAAGAUAUGUUUAGGGUGUAAAAUGUACUCUUUUUGGUUUGUUCAUUUGAAAUGAAUGAAAUAUACUGUGAUAUCUGUAUGUACUUUCCUUUAACAGAGACAUUGUGAUUAAAGAGGGACUGCAUUAAUGCAUGAGAUUAUAACAUAAGCAAAAUGAAUGAAUACGAUUUUAAGGCACUUAAGAACUUGUAUAUGAAAUGUAGCAUAAUGUUAACAUGUAUAUGUCUGAAUAGAUGGAUUGCAAUGUUAUUUAAAUAAUGCAAUACAUAUCCAAUGUUCAAGGUUUGAUGGUUUUAGUAUGGAAUACAUUAAGUAUGGUAUACACUAUGCCCUGUUUUAAUUUGUUUCAUAAUUAAUUUAUAUCAUAACUGGUCAAAUCUUUAAAAGAAAGAAAGAAAUUCUGACAUGUGACUGCAGGGCAGCACAAACCACUAAUUUAUUUAGCCUUUGGUACCUGGUAGGCACUUGAAUACAAAAUGACAGGGUGUACACCAGUGGUACAGGACACUCAGCAUGCUAUUUUAUACAUUUCCUUUUUUUGCUUUGUUGAUCUUGGUAAAUAAUAGCCACUGGCAGUAUGCAUCAAGAAAAUACUUAUGUUGGGCUUUGAAUCUGACAUUAACCUUUAUGUUUGGAAUCUGGGUUAAUUUUUCUGUUGCCUUCAUUAAUAAAAAUGGUAAAAAUGUUC